CCCAGGCAAAAUGUUACAGUUCUGGAUCUCCGUUUGUCUAAUUGGCAGCUCAGCUGAGUGAGCAGUGAGGGAAGUUACCUAGUGGAGAGUGAUUAGUGACUGCGCACUUAGCGGAAAUUUGGUGGCGAAAACAAAUCCACAGAUUUUAGAUGUUAUCUAGUCCUCAACUCUGCACCAAGACGACGACGACGACGACGAUGGCGAUGGUGAUUAUGACCAAUUAAUAUUAAUAUGGAGUUAAUUCAAUCUGCUACCUCACGCUUCCUCUGUGUUUCCUUGCUCAAUCCUCUUCCAACGAAGGGUGCCGCUGAAUUUCUCAAAUUCCGGCGAAGGAGAUGCUCUUUUCAUUCUCAAUCAUUAUUAAAUGUCAAGAAGGCUCCUCCAUUGAUUCAAGCCGCCAGAAGAGAUGGAGGAGCAGAGGUGGAGACUGCUGUGGUUGUCGAUAAGCCCAAAUUGGGAAAAUUUCAGGUGACUGAAGGCUAUCCGGCACCUUUUGGGGCCACUGCUAGUGAUGGUGGAGUUAAUUUCGCUGUCUAUUCUGCCAAUGCCGUUUCUGCUUCUCUCUGUUUGAUUUCUCUCGAUGAUUUGCUGGAGAAUACAGUGACUGAGGAGAUUCCACUUGAUCCACUCGCUAAUAAGACUGGGGAUAUUUGGCAUGUAUUUCUCAAAGGAAAUUUUGAAGAUAUGUUAUAUGGCUACCGAUUUGAUGGCAAAUUUUCUCCUGAGAAAGGACAUUACUUUGAUUCUUCUCGGAUUGUGUUGGAUCCUUACGCAAAAGCAGUAAUAAGCAGAGGGGAAUUUGGUGUUUUGGGACCUGAUGAUAAUUGCUGGCCCCAAAUGGCUGGCAUGAUUCCUGCUGCUCAAGAUGAGUUUGACUGGGAAGGAGAUUUACCAUUGAAAUAUCCACAGAAAGAUCUAGUGAUAUAUGAGAUGCAUGUUCGAGGUUUUACACGACAUGAAUCUAGCAGAACUGAAUUCCCUGGGACAUAUCUUGCUACUGUGGAAAAGCUUGAUCACUUGAAGGAACUUGGUGUCAACUGCAUAGAGUUAAUGCCAUGCCAUGAAUUCAACGAGCUGGAGUACUUCAGUUACAAUUCUGUCUUGGGUGACUACAAGAUGAACUUUUGGGGUUAUUCUACUGUCAAUUACUUUUCACCUAUGACAAGAUAUUCUUCUGCUGGGACACAUAACUGUGGCUGUGAUGCAAUUCAUGAGUUCAAAUUUCUUGUUAGAGAAGCUCAUAAACGAGGAAUUGAGGUGAUCAUGGAUGUUGUUUUCAAUCACACAGCUGAAGGAAAUGAGAAAGGCCCCAUCUUAUCUUUUAGAGGAGUUGAUAACAGUGUCUAUUACAUGCUUGCUCCUAAGGGAGAGUUCUAUAAUUAUUCGGGUUGUGGGAACACAUUCAAUUGCAACCAUCCUAUUGUGCGCCAAUUUUUAUUGGACUGUUUAAGAUAUUGGGUAAUAGAAAUGCAUGUGGAUGGCUUCCGCUUUGAUCUUGCUUCUAUUAUGACCAGGGGUAGUAGUCUUUGGGAUCCAGUGAACGUAUUUGGGAAUCCAAUAGAAGGUGACUUGUUGACGACUGGCACCCCUCUUGGGAGCCCUCCAUUGAUUGACAUGAUAAGUAAUGAUCCAAUACUUCGUGAAGUAAAGCUCAUAGCUGAAGCAUGGGAUGCAGGAGGCUUGUAUCAAGUUGGUACAUUUCCUCAUUGGCAAAUAUGGUCGGAAUGGAAUGGGAAGUAUCGUGACACCGUGAGGCAGUUCAUCAAGGGUACAGAUGGCUUUUCUGGGGCUUUUGCCGAAUGCCUAUGUGGGAGCCCUAAUUUAUACCAGGAAGGAGGAAGGAAACCAUGGAACAGCAUCAACUUUGUAUGUGCACAUGAUGGUUUUACUUUGGCUGAUUUGGUGACUUAUAACAACAAAAAUAACUUGGCAAAUGGGGAAGACAACAAUGAUGGAGAAAACCAUAACAAUAGCUGGAACUGUGGACAGGAAGGGGAGUUUGCAAGCGUCUCAGUGAAGAAGUUGAGGAAACGACAAAUGUGUAAUUUCUUUCUUUGUCUCAUGGUUUCACAAGGCGUUCCAAUGAUAUAUAUGGGGGAUGAAUAUGGUCACACAAAAGGGGGAAACAACAAUACAUAUUGCCAUGAUAACUAUAUUAAUUACUUCCGGUGGGAUAAGAAGGAAGAGUCGUCAUCAGAUUUCUAUAGAUUUUGCUGCCUGAUGACCAAGUUCCGCCAUGAAUGCGAGUCCCUUGGUCUGAAUGAUUUCCCAACAGCAGAGAGGUUACAAUGGCAUGGUCAUAACCCUGGGGUGCCAGAUUGGUCUGAAACAAGCCGUUUUGUGGCAUUUACGCUGAUGGACUCGGCAAAGGGAGAGAUCUAUGUUGCUUUCAAUGCUAAUCAUUUGCCUGUUAUCAUAGCACUGCCUGAACGGCCAGGAUACAGAUGGGAGCCUCUGGUAGACACUAGCAAGCCUGCGCCAUACGACUUUCUUUCCAGCGACGUCCCUGGAAGAGAUACUGCUAUUAAACAGUAUGCUCACUUCCUUGACGCAAAUUUGUACCCUAUGCAUAGUUAUUCUUCUAUCAUCCUCAUCCUUUCUCCUGAUGAAAAUGCUUAGCUUGAAACCUAUCUUCCAUGAAAGUAAUGCUUCAAAGUCAGUUGUACAUAUUUCCAACUUAAGGCAUUUAGAGCCCAAUAAUGUACAUGCAAUGUAGAUGAUAUUUUAAACCUUUUUUAUUCAUUUACAGAAAUACCUCUAGGCUUA